AUGCUAUUGUCCGCGUUAACGCUACUGCUGAGCCCGGCGCUGGUGUCAGCCAGCUCUGCUGCUGAUUACUAUGUACACUCGUUACCGGGAGCCCCAGAGGGUCCUUUCUUGAAGAUGCAUGCUGGCCACAUUGAGGUCAACCCGGAGACCAACGGUAACCUGUUCUUCUGGCACUUCCAGAACCGCCACAUCGCGAACCGCCAACGGACCGUUAUUUGGCUGAAUGGAGGACCCGGAUGCAGCUCUAUGGAUGGCGCGUUAAUGGAGGUUGGGCCGUAUCGACUUAAGGAUGACCAAACGCUCGAGUAUAACCCGGGCCGCUGGGAUGAGUUUGCCAACUUGCUCUUCGUUGACCAGCCGGUUGGCACCGGAUUCAGCUAUGUCAACACCGAUAGCUAUCUCCAUGAGCUCGAUGAGAUGUCUUCUCAGUUUAUGGUGUUUUUGAGCAAGUUCUUUGAAAUGUUCCCCGAGUACGAGAACGAUGACUUGUAUCUCGCAGGCGAAUCAUACGCUGGACAACAUAUCCCCUACAUUGCAAAGGCUAUCCAAGAGCGCAACAAGGCCGCGCCGGCAAACGGCGGGAGGAAGUGGCCCUUGAAGGGUAUGCUGAUCGGCAACGGUUGGAUUUCUCCUGCAGACCAGUACCCUUCAUAUCUUCCUUUCAUGGAGAGGGAAGGCCUCGUCAAGCAAGGAUCCCAGACCUACAAGAAGUUGGAUGCUCUAAACUCGGUCUGCCUUUCCAAGCUUGAAACCCCCGGCGCAAAGAACAAGUUGGAAGUCGACUCAUGCGAUAAUGUCUUGAGAGAAGUUCUCUCGCUCACAUCCAAGGACGGAAAAUGCUACAACAUGUACGAUGUCCGCCUCCAAGACGAAUACCCCUCGUGUGGCAUGAACUGGCCCCCAGAUCUGGAAUACAUGACGCCUUAUCUCCAGCGCCCGGAUGUGGUCAAGGCCUUGAACAUCAACCCAGCCAAGAAGACCGGCUGGAAAGAAUGCUCUGGUAUGGUCAGUGGUGCAUUCAGCGCGAGGAAGUCCCUCCCCGCAAUCACCCUGCUCCCCGGAUUGAUUGAAUCCGGUCUCAAUAUCUUGCUGUUUAGCGGUGAUAAAGACCUCAUCUGCAACCACCUCGGAACAGAGACUCUGAUCCACAACAUGAAAUGGAAGGACGGCACCGGUUUCGAGACGUCGCCUGGUGUCUGGGCUCCUCGUCACGACUGGUCCUUUGAGGGCGAGCCUGCUGGUAUCUACCAGCACGCCCGUAACCUCACCUACGUGCUCUUUUACAACGCCAGCCACAUGGUGCCAUUCGACAUGCCCCGCCAGAGCCGUGAUAUGCUCGACCGCUUCAUGAACGUCGACAUCGGUAGCAUUGGCGGUAAGCCGACUGACUCCCGUAUCGAUGGCGAGAAGCUGCCUCAGACUUCUGUUGGUGGUCAUCCCAACAGCACCGCUGCCGAGCAAAACGAGAAGGAGAAGCUGAAGCAAACCGAGAUGCACGCCUAUACCAAGUCUGGUGAGGCUAUCCUCGUCAUCGUUAUUAUUGGCGUUACGGUCUGGGGCUUCUUCAUCUGGCGCAGUCGCCGCACGCAAAAGGGCUACAAGGGCGUUUCCAAUAAUGAGAUGAUGGGUAGUUCUUCGAUUCUCAACAGGUUCCAGAACAGGCGUUCUGGUGGAGACGUUGAGGCUGGCGACUUUGACGAGUCAGAGCUUGAUCAGCUUCAUUCCCCUGGCAUUGACCGGGAACAUUAUGCUGUCGGCGAGCCGAGUGACGAUGACGAUGAGCACCAUGAUGCCUCUCAUCCAGCACCGGGAACUGGUGAAACUCGCCCAUCUUCGUGA